AUGGUCAACGUACAAUCAGAACUGAUGCUCAAAGCACAAGCACUCAUGAAGCAGAAGGACGACCUGGAAGCAGAGAUCAAGUCACAGCAGGACGACCUUCAAUCGCAAAAGGUCGGGAUGCAUGAUAAACUGGUUGACAGCAACGGCUUCCCGCGUUCAGAUGUCGAUAUCGUCGUCGUCAGAACCGCGCGGUCCAACAUCAUUCGUCUCAAGAACGACCUGAAGGCGUUGAUGCGACAGAUCGAGGAAGCACUUCAUGCAGUCCAUGCCGAAGCACUGGAGGAAAAACAAAGACAGGAAGCUGAAAAGAAGAAGGAACAGGAACUCGCCGGAGCAGCGUCAGUUGAAUUACCGUCUGCUAGUUCAGCCACCGUCACGGAUGAGGCAGCAGUGGAACGGUCCUUGGCACCAUUUGCGAUUGUUAAUGCCGUGGCUCCUGGCUCUCCUGCCUGUGAAGCAGGCCUUAUGCAAGGUGACAGGAUUGUGGUCUUUGGAACAAUCAACACCAACACUCCCAGCACACUCCGAACUCUGACCGAACUCGUCCAAUCACGAGAGAACAGACCCACUGUGGUCAAGGUUCAGAGGGGCGAAUCAACAGAACUGGUGUCCCUGGUCCUGGUGCCAAAGCAAGGCUGGGGUGGCCGAGGACUCUUGGGAUGUCACAUUGUCCCUGCCUAA